AUGUCGGGCAUCGAUGUCAUGUUUGACGACUUCGCAACCGCACACGGAGACGAGAACGGCAUCUUGAUCGCGACAACAAUCUCACCAGAGCCACCGAAAUGGGACCUGGGGCGGCUCUACAACUUCCGCAAUGGCAUAAAUCAGUACAGCGUGAAGACAGAUCUCCAGUACAGACUACAGUACAAUCCUGUCCUCCGGCUUGACAAGAAAGAGGCCGCCGCCUGGCUCGAGGUCUUCACCGCGUUUCAUAAGUUUGUCGGUACGCUCCUGGCUGCGGAGGAGCUUCAAAAUGUUGGUCGUAGUCAGGAGGCCGACUGGAGCAAGGUGUAUGAGGAUUGGAAAGAGGUCGUCAAUGCUCUAUUGAAGGGAUACCAGAGCAACUCGUUCAUGGGCUGGACGAUCCCAUGCAUUUACGUGGCUGGACGAUACCUGCGCAUCUUCGCCAUCAAGGCAGACCAAAGCAUCGCGAGCCAGCGAGAGAGCGGAUUAGCUUUCUCCGGCAUAACGGAUGAGGAUGCAUUCGACCCCAGCAGUAGCAAUGAAAAGCUCGAAGACGCUGCGCGCCAGAUCAAUCGCGUGUUUGGUCUUUGCAUCGGUGAUCGGUAAGUCGUACCUCGACCUUCACAUCCUGCACCUAUAUGCUUAUCGAUACAACCUUGCUUUCCGCGGCUUCGUUGUUGGUGCCAUAGGCUCAUGGUAAGUGCAGCAAUCCUAUGGAAGAAUCCCGAAAGUGGGCUCUCUACUACGUCGCAACUCUCCUCUUCAAGACACACUUCAAACUCAAUCAUAUCUCGCUGUCGAAGAACAUACUUCGAUCACUUUCGGCGUCAGGUACCGAUAUGCCCCCUCUUGCGCACUAUCCGAUGGCCCAUCAGGUCCCGUUCUUGUACUACUGCGGCGUAAUCCAUUUCGUCGAGGAGGAUUACACGACCGCAGAGGACUAUUUGACGUCAGCAUACAACAUGUGCAGCGUCAAGUCUCCCAAGAACGUCCAGCUCAUCCUGACGUAUUUGAUUCCCACCAAACUUAUCACAUCACACAAGCUGCCAUCGACGGCAGUGCUGCAGCAGUACCCUUCUCUCGCACGACUGUUCCAACCUCUCUGCGAAGCCAUCAAACGCGGAGAUCUCGCGGCCUUCAAUACUGCCCUCGAAAACGGCGAAGAAGAAUUCGUGAAGCGACGGAUAUACCUGACGCUGGAACGCGGUCGGGACGUGAUUCUACGCAACAUCUUCCGAAAGGUCUUCCUCGCUGGAGGGUUCGAGCCACCAAAAGAAGGCGAAACGACGCCCGCUGCAAGGAGAACUCGGGUGCCGGUGGAGGAAUUUGCGGCCGCACUGCAAAUUUCGGGUGCUGAUGUUGGCAACGGAGAAGGAGGCAUCGACUACGACGAGGUUGAGUGUCUGCUUGCGAAUGCAAUAUACAAGGUAUGUGAUACUCUUUCGUUUGGGCUGCAUCUCCCAGCAAUCCGAGAUCUUCCUAAUCGGGAAUGAGCUGCCUGCCGCGGAAGGCAUCUGCUGUUUGCCGCUCAUACCCGUCCUCUCCCUGGACAUCGGACAGCAUUGGCAUGAUAGAGAGCUAACGAUUGCAGAACUACAUGAAAGGCUACAUCGCUCGCGAACGCAGGAUCCUGGUACUGAGUAAAGGAGGGAACGCUUUCCCGGGUACGGGGCUCUAA